AUGAAAAAGAUCAACUUCUUUAAAGGGCAUCCGUCUGUAGAGUUGCUUCCUUCAGGGGAAAUAUCUGAGGCAUAUAGGAGUGUUUUAAUGGAUACCGACUAUCUAAGUGCCGAGGAAAACCCAUUAAAUAGAUCACCAUUAAACUAUGGAACAGAUCCAGGAAACAUUGAUGUUCGAACAACAAUUAGUCAAUGGAAUAAUAAAUUAUUUCAUCGUACCGGUUCGGGACCAGAUAAAAUAAACUUGACAUCAGGUGCAUCAUAUGGAAUUGCAAACAUUCUAGCUUCAGUUACUGAUGUCCCUACUAUUACCAAGAGAGGCUUCAUUGUAUCGCCGACAUACUUUUUAAUAAAUAAUACAUUCAUUGAUUUUGGAUUUGAAGGUAAGUUGACAGCUAUAGAAGAAACUCCAAAUAAAGAGUAUGACAUAGAUUUAGAAAAGCUUGAGGAAUGUUUGAAGUUGUACAGUGAAACCCUUGAGGAAAGUGAUGGAAAAGAAAUAAAUGUACUUUCUGACCCUCUAAGAUCCAAGAGAAAACUUUAUCGAUUCGUAAUUUAUGUGGUGCCGACGUAUUCAAAUCCUGGAGGCUUGACUUACUCCGUAAAAACUCGACUUAGGCUCCUUGAAUUAGCUAGGCAAUAUGACAUGCUAAUUAUCAGUGAUGACGUAUAUGACCUACUCAAUUACACAGGGGCUGAAGAUAUAGUACCUAGAAUUAAUUAUUUGGACGAAGAUACAUUACCAAGCUACAAGACUUACGGCAACUCGAUCUCCAAUGCUACAUUCUCAAAAAUUAGUGCUCCAGGACUAAGAGUCGGAUGGCAAGAGACACCGACUCCGAAGCUUGCUCAACAGUUAGCAAAUACGGGUGCAAACAAAUCUGGAGGAACUCCCGCCCAGUUGGCUUCCUAUGUCGUACAGAACCUUAUUCAAACAGGAACCUUGGAAGCAAUUGUGAAAAACUUAAAAGAUGUGUACGCAAAAAGAGUCAAUGUUUUAAAGGCAUCAAUAGGAGAGUAUUUACCGGAUUCAACAAUAAUCGUUGGAGGAGAUGGGGGUUACUUUUUAUGGGUCUCCAUUCCUGGAGAAAUUGAUCAUGACAAAGUUGUGGAUAAAUUGGAAAAAGAAAAUGUCAUUUUAGCUUCUGGGAAACAUUUUGAAGUUCACGGAGACACCAAGGGAUGGGGAAGAAAUUGUGUUCGUUUAGCGGUCAGCUAUUUAAGUGAAUCUGAAAUAGAUGAAGGCAUUAAGAAGUGGGGACAAGUCUUGAGGCGUGAAUAUCCUGAAUUAUAUCUGAAAAGUUAG